CAGCCCAGGCAGGCAAAUCGCUCCUCACCCUCUCGUCCCUCCCGGGAUGGACAGAGCCUCAGCAAGGCUGCAGAGCCACAAGCCACCAAGAAGAUGCUGGCUCCGUCCAUCCAUCCGCUCCUCUGGCUGUUCGGCUGCGUGCUGUUCCGAGGUACUACAACCUCCACAGACUCUUCUGUCCAUGCUGUAACAGGUCAAUCCCAAUCAACAACACACGGCCCUGAAGUAAAGGACCAUACCUCAGAGUCUUCAGUAAAAUCAACACCACCAACCCACUUGAAUCUCCCCUCUGUGGGUCAAACUACUACAGCCAAAUCCUCUUCCAUUGCUGCAACACUGCUAGCAUUGACUGUGCAAGAUGAAAAGUCCAGUGGAAGCAGAAGCACAGCAGCUUCACCACUUCAAGGUCAAGAGCCCAAGAGAAGCGAGAAUACCACAGCAUCAGCAACUCAAGGCACCUCAAAGCCAGUCACCCCAACACCGAAGCCCUCUGACUACUUGCCUGUGCCCACUCCGACAGAUGACAAAUCACCACUGACGGUGGCAGCUUUUGGUGUCAUCAGCUUCAUAGUUAUCCUGAUAGUGGUUGUGAUCAUUCUGGUCAGCGCGGUCAGCCUGAGAUUCAAGUGUAACCACUCAAAGGACUCAGAAGACAAACAGAAACCAGGGACCUCCAUGGUAUCAGAGAGCUGCUCAGCAGGCACAAGCCAGAAGGACAACAGCAUCACUCUGAUCUCCAUGAAGAAUAUCAACAUGAACAACAGCAUGAGUUACCCGCUGUCAGAAAAGGUGCUAUGAAGUCAAGGGCCCAGAACUUGAAGCUGACACAUGACAACCAGCAGUGACUUUCUAGGUUCUUUUUUUUUUUUUUUUUUUUCCCUUUGGGGAAAGAGCAAGGGUGGACUUUAUGUAUAAAUUAUUACGUCCUUUCUGAUCAAUACAUUUACAGUAGCAUCCCACAUAGCUUCGCCACUUGGGGUCUAAGGGCUUUCUCCAGUUACAGCCUGCCAUGCUCAAUGGUUGAUAUCUAACUCUAUUUUUUAUAUGCCUUCAAACAUUCAGAUUAUUCCAGCAGCAAGAAGCACCAAGGCACCAUCUACUUCACUAAUAAACUGCUGCCUUAGAUUAAUGGCCUUUAUAGUCUGUUCCAGCCAGUCACAGGCUCAUUAAUCAGUAGAGCCCCACACUGAGUCAAACCCGUGCAUUACAAAAGCAUGAUCUGAAGCUGAAGGCCUAAGGGGACUUAAAUGGCCAAGUGCUAGGUCAAGUCCCAGCACGACUGCUCCACACCCCUUAUCCUUGAUUCCCUCAUUGUCCCUACUGUGGUGGGGAUGAUCAGAUCCACCUACCUCACAGGGUUGUUGUGAGGUUAUGUUAAUCACUGUCUGUAAAGCAUUUGGAGAGCCAUGAAUUAAAGGUGCUGCUGAAAUGCAAAUUGCCAUCUUAAAUAUUUUAUUAUUAAUAAUGGCACUUCAGGCAGGCAGAUCGCUAUCCUCCCACAGGUCCAACAUGCUCAAAGACUCACCUAGAGUGUAAAUAACAAGGUCUCUGCAUAGACAGGGUUUUAUCUGAGUGUAAAAAGGAGUGGCCACAAACAAAAUGCUGACCUACUUCAGCUCCUGAAGUUUGGUAGCACGAGUUUGCUGGGAGAACUUCCAUGUUGUGCACUGCCACUUUCCCAGAGCUUUCUGAUAGACCAGAAAAGCAGCAUCCCCUUCCACAGAUCAGUCAGAGCACCCACCUUACCGCAGCACCAAGAACCACCAGUGCACCCCCAAGUCACCACGAUAACGAGAACAGUCCUCCGUUAGGCUCCACAGUGCAACAGCUCAUGUUUGGAGCCAGCUGGUUCACAACCCAAGCUGGCUCAGACCCAGCCGCCAGUCACUUACUGCCUACAGCAAAAUACUUAUCCGUGUAAGUCAAGCGACCGAGGAUGAUGGAGAUGUCAAUACCCAGCCUCCACAUGACUGUAAGAGAAAUGAUGCGCUGUUGGGUAUUUCUGGAGGUCUCAGCUGCCUUACUCAGCAGCAUAACAUACUAAAGCACUAACUCUGCAACUACCUUUGCCUCUGCUCAUCUUCACUGCAACUCCUGCUUGCAAGCUUCACCAGCUCCACAGUCAACACAGACCUCCAGAGUACCUCAUCUACCCGGCAGCAGUAUAUCGAGAUACUACCUUCUCCUAACAUGAGCAUCAACAUCCAUCAACCCUGAAGGUAAACUGUGACGUUAAGGAAAAAAAGAUCUAGCCGAGCACUCAAAAUAGGUAUUGCUGCACACAUCCCCCUGCACAGUUUGAUGAAACAUAAUAAUUUAGCCUGAUUUAACUUUAUAGGAUGGAUAAGCGAUGUUUACUGGAACAUGCAGUGCUGGAGGUAGCUGUGCUUUGCAGCUGGCAAUGAAGCGUUCAGCAAAAUAAAUGCAAUGUUUUCACAACUCCUGCUAAGAUCCAACACGCUUUCUAUCUUUAACCAGGUAGUUUAAUAAGGUAUUUUUUAAUAAAUAAAGCUUUUCUGGUAAAAUUCCUGAAAAGUAAAGUUACAUCACUCUGCUCACACAGCCUCCACCAGACUGGUGAGUUUGCUUAAGCACAAAAUCCCAGGCGAUUCCCAGCUACGGGGAUCCAGACAGCUCCAGAACCUAGAGACCUGCAACUUGCUGCGCAAAGCCUCACAGGUA